GCCUGAGGUCUGCCUCCUAUGCACCCCAGCACCCCCAUCAGCUCCCUCUUCUCCUUCACCAGCCCUGCAGUGAAGAGGCUGCUGGGCUGGAAGCAGGGAGAUGAGGAGGAGAAGUGGGCAGAGAAGGCAGUGGACUCUUUGGUGAAGAAGUUAAAGAAGAAGAAAGGGGCCAUGGAUGAGCUGGAGAGGGCGCUGAGCUGCCCAGGCCAGCCUAGCAAGUGCGUCACCAUCCCCAGGUCCCUGGAUGGACGCCUACAGGUGUCCCACCGCAAGGGGCUGCCCCAUGUCAUCUACUGCCGAGUGUGGCGCUGGCCAGACCUGCAAUCCCAUCAUGAACUGAAGCCCCUGGAGUGCUGUGAGUUCCCCUUUGGCUCCAAGCAGAAGGAGGUCUGCAUCAACCCAUAUCAUUACCGCCGAGUGGAGACUCCAGUUCUGCCUCCAGUGCUGGUACCAAGACACAGCGAGUACAACCCCCAGCUCAGCCUCCUGGCCAAGUUCCGAAGUGCCUCCCUGCACAGCGAGCCCCUCAUGCCGCACAAUGCCACCUACCCGGACUCUUUCCAGCAGCCCCUCUGCCCUGCACCACCCUCCUCGCCAGGCCACGUGUUUCCUCGGUCUCCAGGUCCCACCAACUACCCACACUCCCCGGAAAGUCCUUCCGAGUCAGACAGUCCAUUUCAACACUCAGACUUUCGGCCAGUUUGCUACGAGGAACCCCAGCACUGGUGCUCUGUAGCCUACUAUGAACUAAACAACCGGGUUGGAGAGACUUUCCAAGCGUCCUCCCGGAGCGUACUCAUAGACGGCUUCACUGACCCUUCCAAUAACAGGAAUAGGUUCUGUCUUGGGCUGCUUUCAAAUGUAAAUAGAAACUCAACAAUAGAAAACACCAGGAGGCACAUUGGAAAGGGUGUGCAUUUGUACUACGUUGGGGGCGAGGUGUAUGCGGAGUGCGUGAGUGACAGCAGCAUCUUUGUUCAGAGCCGGAACUGCAACUAUCAACAUGGCUUUCACCCCGCCACCGUCUGCAAGAUCCCCAGUGGCUGCAGCCUCAAGGUCUUCAACAAUCAGCUCUUCGCCCAGCUGCUUGCCCAGUCAGUGCACCACGGCUUUGAAGUCGUGUACGAGUUGACUAAGAUGUGCACGAUUCGGAUGAGCUUCGUGAAAGGUUGGGGAGCCGAGUAUCAUCGUCAGGAUGUCACAAGCACCCCCUGCUGGAUUGAGAUUCAUCUUCAUGGACCACUGCAGUGGUUGGACAAGGUUCUAACUCAGAUGGGCUCCCCACAUAACCCCAUUUCUUCAGUGUCUUAACAGUCAUGGCAUCAGCUACUCGUCCACAGAACAGUUGUAGGCAGUGGCUUCUGUCAUUUGAAAUGGAAGU